CAUGAGUCUUCCCGCGCCGUCCACCAACCAGGCCUACGUGCAGGCGUCCGCUCUCAUUGCGGGUAUCGUCGACAUCCCGCUCGCAUGGAUCCUCGAGGGCGCAAAGCCCGAGGAGCGCGUGAUCGCCCCCGCGCUGGCCUUCCUCCUCCGCCAUCCUACCAACAAGGACACCUUCCUCUUCGACCUCGGCAUCCGGUCGGACUGGGAGAACCUCCCUCCCGCCGUCGUUAAAUACGUCGUCGAUAUCCUCGGUUUCCGUGUCACGGUCGAGCAGGACGCCGCUGCGGCGCUGGCGAAGGGCGGUCUGCAGCCCACGGACAUCAACCACGUCUGCUACUCGCACCUCCACUUCGACCACAUCGGCGACUCCAUCCCAUACACCAAAGCGACUUUCCUCGUCGGCGAGGGCGCUCGCCCCGCCGUCGAGGACGGCUAUCCCGGUAACCCCAACGCCACGGUACUCUCUAACCUUCUCCCCGAGGGACGCACCACCUACCUCGACUCGUCAAGCUGGCCGGCCCUCGGGCCGUUCCCCCACGCGCUCGACUUCUACGGCGACGGGAGCCUGUACAUCGUCGAUGCACUCGGGCACUUCCCGGGACACAUCAACGUCCUCGCCCGCACCUCUGCGGACGGUGGCUGGCUCUACCUCGCCGGCGACAGCGCGCACCACUGGUCGCUCAUCACGGGUGAGGGCAAGAUCGGGAAAACGGCGCAUCUGGGCUGUGCCCACGGAGACGUGCCGGCGGCAGAGGCGCACAUCGCGCGGAUCCGUACGCUCAUGGAGAACCCGCGGGUGAAGGUCAUCCUGGCGCACGAUGCGCCGUGGUACAACGAAAACAAAGACUCAGCCUUCUUGCCGGGCGUCAUUCCCUCUUUGUAGCAACUAGGAUACCCCAAUUGAUAUAAAUUACAUUGUGUCGGAUUGUACAUAUCAUUAUUUAACCACCGCUCAUACCGUCGUCCACAAUAUACACCGCGUGGCGCGCUCAUCUAUUUUAACG